AUGGACCAAGCGGUAGAAUUCAUAAAUGCAUUCCCUGAGUGUGCUGCUUGGCAUGUGACAGCACUCAGCGCUGACAAGAGCCAAUGCCUUUUCAAUAGACAGUCGAUUGGUCGGGCAGCGCUGCUGGCAGCGUUACCACAAUGGCUGCGACUCAAUAGAUGCCAUUUGUUUGUGCGGCCUUUGCUAGGCAAUCUAGUCUUCUUGGAUUUAGACGGCUACAAGGGACGGUGGGAAGACUUGCUGGCAGUCAGGCCACGGUGUGUCACUACCACGUCUGCUGGAAACUUUCAAGCGUGGAUCCUCAUCGACCACACGCUGUCAGCCAAAACUGCGUUCUGGGUGCAGCAGCAACUGACGCAGGCAUUGCAAGCUGAUGCCAGAGCAUGUUCUAUGAAUCAACAAGGUCGCAUGCCCGGCUCAGAAAAUGCCAAGCCUGGAAAGAAUCACGUGGUGCAAGUGCUGUAUAAAUCCUUGGAUCACUUGAAUGAGUCGAUUUUCCUUCAGAUGGUGCCCAAGCCGGUCUUCAGGAUUCAGGCUGACAAAGUAGUUCCCAAGGUAGCUGCUCCAAAGGUCCCGUCUGGAGAGAAGCUGCUUGAUCGAUCGGGUCAGGAUUGGCAAACUGUUUGUACCUUUUGGGAACAACAUCCCCGGGCUACCAUGGAAGAAGCGCGGGAAUAUAUGCGAGGCCGCUGGCAGGCAACACGUCAGCAUCAACACUACUAUGAAACACUGACCUUGGAAAAGGCGAAGAAGCAUUGCCAAGGCCCGCAUGGGUAG